AUGAUCUCGGUGCUCUAUUUUUCACAGCCUCUCGGUGCUGGAGAGCUGGACAGCACCUGGCAUAAUAUUCAGUUCCUCUCUUCUGAGUUCCCCAGCUCCCAGUCUGGGUCAGUGGACAUCCGGAGAUACUUCCUCUGGAUGAGAAGGGGUCCGGAGAGUCGCGUCUGCUGGUUCAGCACCACCGAGACGCGCUACUUGAAUCACCUGGGAUUCCCUUAUAAUACCAGCAUCGAGGACUGCUUCACUGGCAUUCAGAGCGUAUCUGGGAGGGUUACGGAAAUCGUUUCCUGUAACCGUGUGGAGGCGUCAGUCAUCGUGGCACUUGACGGUUACAUGCAGCAAACCUUUAAGAAGGUGACCUGCACGUACCUUCACAUUGCCACAGAUGGUCAGCUGGACACCUGCACUUGGGAGAAGAAAUAUAUCGAGUCUCCCCAUAGUGAGGCACAGAGUGAGCCCGACUCGGAGGAGAGUGAGGAGACCCCCGAGGAGGUGGAGGUGCCCUUUAUUAGCUGCCAUCUUAGAGAAAGAGGGGUGACCGAGAUCGGCGUGAAGCUGCCUGCUCUCCGCCAGGCGUUUGCUACUCUGCUGGCCAGCAGCCACAAUCAAAACUUCUUGUUUGUGGCUGGAAAAAAGAUCGUAAUGCGACUGGCAGCAGCUAGCAAGCAGGAGGCAGUUCGUGUGCAGCUGGCCUACGAGGAUCUCAUCAGAUUCCUGAGGACGCCAUCUAACCAGGGAUCCAUUGCAGCUGAGCUUUCCUGGGAAAAUCUCCACCAUUACAACUUUGUGGAUGUGUUUUAUGAGCUGCUCAUCUUCCGAUGCUUUACCAGCGGCUUAGUACCUGAGACAAAGUUUAAGGGAGGAUUUUUGGAGCGACUGAUGGCACUCAUCAGAACGUGGGAGGCAGACAUGUGGGAGCCUGCAUCGCAGAUUUAUUUCAACGAGCUUAUCGUUCAGCUGACAGAUCUUUGUGAAGUUCUGUUUUCUCAGCCCCUGGAGCUGUUCUACUACCCAGCAGCUUUAGCCCAUGCAGUUCGUCGCCUUCUCAUGCAGCAUGUCCAGCUGAUGAUGGACAAUUUGGAGAAGCUUUGAGCCAUGUGUUUCCCUUCAAUUUACACUUCCCCAUUCCCUGUCACCCCUCACCACACACACACACACCCCAAUUUAGUGAUGAUUACAAUUCUUUAAUGUAGUCAUAAAUGCCACAACAUACAUUUAAUUUUUUUAUAUGCUCACUGUGCAGUAACAGAAACAUCUGUACACCCGCUCAAUUAUGCAUUCCUUUAAUCAUCCAAUCAUGUGGCAGCAGCACAAUACUUAAUAUGCAGAUACAGGUCAAGAGUUUCAGUUAAUGAUUAGAUGAAACAUCAGAAUAGGGAAAAUUGUGAUUUCUGUGACUUUGUAAUCUGGUAAAGUUCUUGUAAAGAUAUAGUAAUGACUGAUGACUCUACAACCGUGGUGAGCAGAAACUCAUCUCUGUACGCACAAAACAUGGAACCUUGAGGUGGAUGAGCUACAACAGCAGUAGACCACUUUAGGUUCCACUCCUGUCAGCCGAGAAUAGGAAUUUGAGGCCAUCAUGAGCACAGGCUCCUAGAAACUAGAUGGGUUGGAAAGUGAGUCUUUGCCUUAAAUAGUCUCAGAUUCCUGUUGUUGGCUGACAGGAGUGGAACCUGAUGUGAUCUUCUGCUGUUGUAGCUCAUCCACUUCAAGGUCUGAUGUGUUGUGCAUUCUCAGAUGCUUUUCUGUUGACCACAAUUCGAGUUUUUCUAGACUUCCAUUCAGCUUAAACCAGUCUGGUCAUUCUCCUCUGAUCUCUUAUCAGCAAGGUGUUUCAUCCUGCAGAGCCUAAGCUAAAGGAUGGUUUUUUUUGCUUGUUUUUUUUUUUAACCAUUCUCUUUAAACUAUAGAUGUCAUAGUGUUUGAAAAUCCCAGGAGAUCAGCAGAUCUGUAUCUGCAUGACUGGAUGCAUUGUGCUGCUGCUACACGAUUGCUUGAUUAGAUAACUGCAUAAGUGAGCAGGUGUGCUGGUGUUCCUAUUAAAGUGGACAUUGAUUGCAAGUAAUGUUUCUCUCACAACACAUUCGAUUUUCCCCCACAUUUUCCCCACAUAGCUCAAGCUACAGGUAAGUAUGAAUAUAUUUUGUUAUAUUUCAAUGAACACUGUAUAUAAAUCUCUCUUUUUCUCUUCUUUAACAGGUCUGCAGUUUAGAUCCAGAAUUUUCAUCCCCUCAUCCCUCUAUGUAGCUGAUCUGUAAAUA